AUUCAAUUUGCGAGAGUUCCAGCAAAAGCUUAUUUUUAAAAAAAUAGAGGAUGAUCGUUCAAGAAAACUCAAAUUUACUUCCAAUUCUUUUUAUGUUCUAUUUUUAUUUUGUUUAAGAAAGAACCUUACAACCAUUUUUUUGUUUUUUUUCUACAUAAUAAAAUUUUUCGAUAGAAUAAGUAUUUAUUUAUUAUUAUUUUUUUUGGGUGAAAAUUUGAUAAAAUACAAUUGAAUCCUUAACUUUAGGAAACCUAGAAAAUUUUGCUUCCGCGGGAAUGCCAAGCAUAUAUCUUCAAAAUUCCAUCUGGUACCCUCUACAAGCCUAAUUAUUCCCAUUGUCUCCCCGAAAAACUAACCGUUUUCACUUCUCACAGAGAGAGCCGCAAAGGGCCGUCCUUCAACCGCCAUAACCAGCGAAGCCAAGACCUUCCGCCAUUGCUGUAAGUAGAAAAUCUCGUGUGUUUAAAAUUUUUUUGUUUUGUUUUGUCUUGUUUUUCUGCUUUAAUUAGCAUCCACACUGAUUGUAGAAAGCUGCAAAAAUCCCUUCAUUGUCUCCAAGCUCGCAUCGCCAUCAAAAAUGGACCCCAGCCACGCGGGAGAUAUGUUGAAGCAUUUGGAGAAGCAGAAUGGACUCCUAAUGGAAGCCUAUAGAUCGAUGUCUCAUGAACUGCAUAAACUUCAGGUAGAGGAAGAAAUGCUAAUGCGCAAGUUCUAUGAAAUAAUGUCUGCUCAUGGUAAAAUUAAAAAGACAGAAGAUCGUGGUAAUAUUUCAGAUUAUGGCAAAGUUGGAGACUCUACUGCUUUAGUUACCACAACAAGCAAUGAAGAACAGUGAUGGCGCUGGGGAUUUUUUAUUUUAAAUUAAAAUUUUUUUUUUUUGGAAAUUCAUUUAUAUUAAUUUUGAGAUUUGAAUGGACAUUAUUUUUUACGAAGAUCUUAAUUAAAUCCAUGUCAUCAUAGGAUGGAUGAUAAUGUUCAUUUAUAUUAAUUUUGAAAUUUGUAUGUA